UUGAUUGUUGAUAAGCAUUUCAUUUACAAGCAAAUUAUGUUCGCAAUCAGGUCUUGUUGGGAGUCAUGAAGGAGCCCAGGUGUGUUUACUCACCUAGCUUCGUAAAUAGCUCUUGUUAUUGCGGCAAUCGUUCUGUAAUAUCCCCGAUAAGGACAAAAAUACAGAAUGGUCGGCCGGUAAGUUAAUUUUUUGUACCUUUAGAUACAAUAUUUUGAGCUUAUUACAGAGUAUUAUUGAUAACAAUAUCCAUGUAAGGGAAGUUCGGUAGUGCGAUUCAGCCAUGUUUGAGGUUAGAGAGGAUGUGGCUUCCUCUAUCGAUAAUUUUAUAUCCUUUCUGGCGUGAAUUCUGUUUGUAUGCUUAAGAAAAAAAAUUCUGUACGUCCAUGUGCUUGUAGCGUGCAUUCGGUAUAUAUAUUGAGGUAGCUUUAUACUACCACUCCUGAUCACUCAAACUUUUUUGAUCACAAAAAUCACGAAAUUCCAAUUCGUUGGAUUUCGUGUUUUCUUUGAAGACCUCCAAUCAAGUGUCAAAAUACAAAACAGAAAGGAAAGAAAUAUUACCUAGAGAAAUCUCAUUUUGGGUUGUUGUAUGAAUUAAAUGUCGAGGUGGAUGAGAUGAUUGUGAAGAUAAAUUGAUUUUAAAGUGGAGAGAAAAUUAACCAAGUACAUUUUUCCUUUCUUUGGGCAUUUGACACGCAUUUGAAAAAUCACAAAGGUCCCCUCUCAGACUGAAAUAUUCUAGAAUAUUUUUGGAGCUUUAAGUUGAUAGGUACUUAAUGUUUGUGGUGCUUUUGUGUUGGAAGGGGGGAGAAGAAUUACAAGAUAAUUUGGUUUUAUCAACAUGAUGUAAAUUGGCCUCCAUUAGGAGUUUCUAAAGCCAAUGUUUCAAAACCCAGCUUUUUGUCAGAGCAUAACACAAAGGGUUAGAGCCCAAAAACCAUUAUUAGCUUAAGAAACUCUUUACGGUGGCCUAUUAACAUUAUCAACUCAAUUGAGAACACUACAUUAUCUUGUAAUUACAGAAUCAUUUCCCUUGUCACAAUAACUUUUUAUUCAUCUGAUAAGAUACAGUAUAAACAAUUUUGUUCUUUUUUGUUCAUUAGGAUCUCAAUACGAUGGACCAGUCUUCCUUCUUUUCUUAGACCAGGAAUAAUAUCAUCCUCCUCAGACAGUACAUGUUCUUCUACAAGAAGACUAUUCUCUCACAUGUGUGGACUACAAAAAGACUCACUGCGAACUUUUAUUUUUCUAGCUGUUAUUUUUAUCAUUGUUUUACUAGGAACUCUUUUUCUUGUUGGUAAUGUGAAUUGGUAUGGUAACAGAACUAGACGCUUUGCGUCAACAGAUUUUUAUGAACAUGGAGCUGAUUCUCACCAUCAUUAUGGCAUUGUCAUUGACUGCGGAAGUAGUGGAUCUCGUGUGUUUAUUUAUUACUGGCCACCUCACAAUGGUAAUCCAGAUGAGUUGCUACAAAUUAAACAAAUGAAAGAUACCAGGGGAAAUCCAGUCAGAAUGAAAAUCAAACCAGGUAUAAUCUUCAGGACUGAUUCUCUGAAUUACAUCUGCAGUAUUAGCUCUCCAUGCCUGUUGGUAUUUAGAUGUACCCUUCCCUGAGCCCAGUAAAAAGAAAUGGUAUUAGGACCAAGUGGAGAGAAACUGAGGUCGUAAUUGAGCAAAUUAUUAUUUCAUAUUGGCUGAGCAAGUAACACAAGGCUGAUCUGAAAUUAUGAGCAAAUCACCCCUGAAUUAUGUGACACAAAGUCUGAUUACCAAUUCAUUGUGUCAGUACAAGAUGCAAGUUACUUAGGGGUGAAAAAUGUAAUGCAAAAGCAUGUACCCUUCUCAUUGAUACCCAAUAAUGGUCAUUGGACCAGUUAGUUUUUCCUUUUUAUUCUCAUCACUUGUCUGUUUGACAUUGUAUUGAUAUUGUAAGGAGAAAUUCUAUCUUGGUCACUCAUGAGAGUUUAAGGUUCAAUUUAUGCUGCUGUUACUUAUGGACUCUUUAAAACUUUGAUUUCAGGGAUCUCUAGUCAAGUUCAUCGGCCGUCAGAUGCAUCAUCCUACAUUGAUCCUCUUCUCUCAUUUGCUGCACAACAAAUCCCUGAACACAAGCACAAAGAAACACCUCUUUAUAUCCUGGCUACUGCUGGCAUGCGAAUGCUUUCUGUUGCUGAUCAAGAAGCUAUUUUAGAUGACUUAAGAGUGGAUGUUCCUUUGAAAUACAAUUUCCAUUUCACAUCAUCUCAUGUUGAGGUCAUUACAGGAAAGCAAGAAGGUACAUGAGGAUGUAUAUUUAGUCAAAUAAUGCUGUACUUAAUGAAUUUUGUAAUUGUUUUGUUGUCAGUAAUGUACAAAGUUCAUCUUGCAUGCUAUUGUACACUGAAUUACUGGUCUAGUGCAAACAUAAUCUGCCAAAAUGGUUUUCCAAACCUAUCUAGAACAAAGCAAUUACAAAAUUAUAACCCAUUAUUAUAGUAUCUUUAAAAAAUUAUUGGGGGGAAUGGUAACCAAGUUACAAGCUUAGUCCUCUGGAGGGUCUUGACAAUCUGCUCUAGCGAGAUCAAACCCCAACAGUAAUUGAUAGCUUCCCAAUGUAUGAAAUGAGUUGGUCUUUUGCUGUGUAGUCUUUUGUAGUGGAUUUAGUGCAUUAAGCUACAUUAGUGUUGCACAAGAUCAUUCUCUGAACAACAUUUUCCACACCAGUUUAGGUUUAACAUGACUAGUCUUUUCUUCAGUCACCUUGAUAAAAAACGACCUUUUCAUGGCAAAACUUGAUGAAAUUUUCUAGUGUGGACAACUUGAAAAGCAAAUUUUGAUUUUGAAUUGGAAGACUUUAGUUACAUUCAACUCUUCUCUAAACCACAGUGUAAAAAAUCAUGCUUAUGUGUGAAAGAUGAGCUAGUCAUCAGUUUUUGGUUAUUGAAUAAUGCUUUGAGGUACUGCAUAUCUUAUUUCACAGGAAUUUAUUCAUGGAUUGGAGUCAACUUUGAGUUGGGAAGAUUUGAUCAUUCACAUGAUAGUCAAGGUAUUUUACUUACCAGUUCUGUACAUGGCGUAAUUUUUUCAGGUUUUUAUUUCCAACAAAUUAAAUCUAUGGCUAGAUGAAUGAGUAAUGACCUCAUGAGAAAUUUCAAUAACUCUUUAUAUCCCAGUAUCAGUGUUUAUUUUCUCCUUACUCCUCUCUAUAAAUUUCCUUGUGUACUGAUAGGGAGUAAUUCAUUUAAAAGUCAAUGCUUCCAAGAUAAUAGUAAUCAUUUCCUUUAUUCUCUCGAUCUUAAUGCAUGAUUCAGCAGUGUUACUAUGAAAAGAAAUAAGAUUUUGGUCACUCUUAGGGUUUUUAAGGGAUAAUGAUACACUGUAAUGUGAAACAAAGGGAUCAAAUUAGCCUUGGUAAUUGAAGUUUCUAUCAUAGAGGUCUAGUGCUUAAGAACAGAGGUGUUUUCAUUGAAUUAUAUAACCAUGGUUAGUGGUGGUGUCAGGACACUCAAAGAAAAGCUGGAAGAAAUUGAAGAUGAUGACAACCAUGUCUCAGUAAAUAGGUUUGGGAUUUCUGACUGCGCACAAUAUUUUGUUGUUGUGAUUGCAUAUCAUGUUUGAAUAAAUUUGAGGUAUGUCUCCACUCGUCUGUUUGCAGUGAUCAAUUGUGCAUAGUUAGGUCCAAAAAUGGACUGAAAAUUUGUAAGAAAUCUGUUGAGUGUCCUAACCAGGAAACAAACUCGCUACUAACUGUGAUGUAAGGAGCAGAAAUUAUUUGUUAAAGUGAGCAUAUUUUGUAAACUUUGUAAUUUUAUAUUAUGAUUUUAAUUUAACAGAGUCACCACUGAACAACAGUGUAUCAGAAGUUAGCCGUAAAAGUACAGUGGGGUCUCUUGACAUGGGUGGAGGCUCUGCACAAAUUGCGUUUGAAGUUGGGAAGUCUGUAAGUACCCAAAGGAUAACAACAUGACAAUAAUGAUAUUAGUGAUAGUUUAGUUAGUUAUCUCAUUCCUAGUUAACCCUUUAACUCCCAUAAGUGACCAAGACAGAAUUUCUCCAAACAAUGUGAAUACAAUAACAUCCAGAUAAGUGAUGAGAAUAAAGAAAAAUAUCAAUUUGGGGAUAGUUAGUUUAUCCAAUACUAAAUUCCUUGAACUGAUAUUGUAAGAAUUGUAUGGUUGACAGUAUGGAGAAUUACAAAUUUGAUCUGAGAGUUAAAGGGUUGAGUGACUGACCUGCCUCAAACUAGCUAUGGCUGUUUGCAAGCCAGUCAAUGUAAUAUUGAUAAUCUGAAAAUGGAAUUAAAAAAGUGUGAAAGGAGUAAAAAAUAAAAGAUUUGAUGAAGAUAAUGGAAGAGGUAACUAAAUUCACUUCUAAGAAAAUUUUCAUGAUUCACGCACGAACUCACUAAAAUGACUUAAGAUAUGCUUUGUAAAUAAUUGUGGACUAUUAAGUUGAUUCGAUUGAAGAGGCAAGAUAAGGAAACCAGCGUAUAACAUUCCUCUGUGUUUUAGGUAUGGGUUCCAUCAGAGUUAAGUGCACAAGUCAACCUGGGUUGUGACUCCCACAAAACUACACACAAUUAUCAUCUCUAUGUUGCUACGUUCCUUGGGUUUGGCGGCAAUGCUGCUAGAGACAGAUUCACAAAGCUUGUCAUCACCAAGAAUAGAACAUUGAGCAUUGAUGAGUAAGUAAUUAUUCCAAGAGACAAAGUAAACGAGGAAAGUAAUCGUUUCAUGUUGUCCUUAAGUAGCAUCUUAAAAUGGUACAAUGGUUUCUUACGAGGCAUUUAAUAAGCAAAUUGAAAACAAGUCUGCAAGCUUUCACCUACUCAGAUCCCUGACGAUAUUGUGGAUCAGUGGAAGCUCUGAGACUUGUAUAAGUCAUUUUUGCUUUUUACAGUAGUUUAAAUUCUUACUACUUACUGCUAAUGUUCAAGAAAAGAAUAUGGACGGUUAAUUCUUUCACGACUAAUGGUUAAAACAAACCUUGCCUAUCUUUAUUCAGUGUUUUGUUCUUUUUCCAACCUGAUGCAAAACGUUUUCCAAACCCUCACUUCACAGAGACUUUUUCUCAAGUGACGCGCCAAAAAAAGUUUUGAUUUAAUGCGUCUCUCUUGCAUUUCAUGUAUCACAUGUACCACAUCAUUAUUCUCUUUGCAUACACAGCACAUCUGGUGCGUAUCUCGAUCCAUGUUUACCCGCUGAAUGCACAGAGCAAGGAACUUACAAGGGAAAGAAAUACAACUUCCUUGGAACAGGAGAAUAUAUCAAAUGUAAAGAACUGAUUCUUCCACUACUGAACCGUACCAGACCCUGCCCAAAAAAGCCCUGUUCGUUUAACGCUGUCUAUCAGCCUCGUAUUGAUUACGAGACCGUAGAAUUUUACGGAUUCUCCGAGUAUUGGUAUUCAAUGCAUGAUGUCUUGAGAAUCGGGGGACAGUACAGUGCGAGUAGCAUGAGGCAAGCUGUAGAGGUGAGAUUUUCGAUUCUUAGCAAAUCCUAAACGUCUACCGACACAACACAGCGGUCAUAUGUUGGGCAUGCGCGAGGUGAUUAAUUCUAGCCGGCCGCGCGCCAAUUUCCCGCGCAAAAUUUCAAAGCUUAAAAUGAGAAACAACCGCUGUCUCGCAAAAUAAAUGGAAGAAGAUUGAUACGUUCCUAGAAAUCUGUAAAAGGAAAGCUCAAGACUGUUCGAAGAUAAAGUUCAUUCAAGUACGAGUAACCUGUUAAUUUACCAUUCUGUUUGGAGCCUUACAAAAACCGUUUUUGCGCUUCUAAAACACGGUGACUUACUUUCUUGUGCGGUUGUUUUUAUCUCGUGUGAGACAAUUCGGUUCUGACACCGUGAAGCACGUUACCGACAUUACCUCAGUAGUCCGUACAACCGCUGUGUUUCGUUUACCGUACCAAUUUCUGAGAGCUUUUAUACUCAGCUGUAAAAUAGGGAACAGUGUGUUAGAGUCUUCAUUACAGUUCUUACCACAAAGCUUGUCGACUAUAAAACUGACUUUUUCCGAUACCAUUUCAGGAAUUCUGCAGUACACGUUGGUCUACUCUCGUAUCACGCCAUUCUAAAGGCCUCUACCCCUUUGCAGAUGACCACAGGCUCAAGUAAGACAGUUUAUUUGCAACGUUCGGGAUUCAACUUGCCGUAAUUCGUAAAAAAAAACCCAAGUAAUCGCAAGGGUCAAUCAGAACAACAGAAAAUAAAACAUGAAGCCAAUGAGAACUCAAGGCUUAGACCUGCGCCGUAAGCGCGGAAAAUGAAAGCGACUAAGGCGCCAUCGGUUUUGCAUUUAAUUGGUUUAUAUGGUGAUGUGGUUUUUCUGGACCAAUCACGAAGAGACUCAAAGAACAAUCCCGGAUUAACUACAAACCAACUGCACGCCUUUAGGCGCCCGAUAUCAUACACCUCUUGAUCAGCUACCAUAGUUUCAGUAGCCUCAGUUUACUUGAGGCUGUGCAGAAUUAAGUCGAAUAUUUUUAUAGACUGAUUAUAAUAUAAAUGAGCGUUACUUUCUUUGAGCAGUUAAUUUGAUGAUGAUGAACUGUUUUUUUGUUAAGGUUUCAGUGUUUCAAAGCAGCUUGGAUGACCACAGUUCUUCACGAAGGCUUUAAGUUUCCUCAAAACUACAGCAAUUUACGUUCUGCCUUCUACAUUCGCGGUAAAGAGGUGCAAUGGACACUCGGUGCUAUACUUUAUCGGACAAGAUUUCUCCCUCUAAGGUAAGGCAACAAAGUUCCGCUCAGUUUGAAAGUUUGUUAGUUUUUAGCCAUUCGGUAAUGUCGCUCAUGAUCUGUUGACUAAACGAACGGCUGAUAAAUAAUCAAUAAAUCAGGGAAUAGAGUUCUAACUUUAUUUUGCAGUAUUUUGUAGCUACGUUCAUGACUGGAACGCUUUUCCGCAAGUUGUCUUCAAAUUACAACCAAAGUAAUUUCAGUGGCCAAUAGAUGAAUAUUCGAAGUGACUAACGACUCGCUACAAGCGAGGGAAAACGCGUGCUACCAAGUUGCAGUUGAUUGGUUUAUCAUUUGAUAGGUUAGAAUGUGGCGCGAGCUUCUUGACCAAUCACAGAUCGAAGUAGAGCGAAACGAUUUCAAUCUCAAAUUGCUUCCGACACUCCUUUGGAAAUUGCUUUCGUCCACAGUGGUUUCAUUAUAACACCGUUUUGUUUUAAAUUUACAGGGAAGUCCAGUUACACUCGCAGUACAAGAGCUCUUACCACGCUUUCUGGAGUUACGCCAGUGACCUUCAAUUCCGCAUAAUUCUCCUCGUGUGUAGCAUCACAGUCUUAGCCGCCAUAUUGCUCUACUGCCGGCGUCUACGGCGCAUGAGCAAGAAUUCUAGUAUCUGGCAUUUCGAUUCAUCGCCUGUGCUUUACAAAGUCGAUGUGAUACCCAGUAUUGAGAAGAUUCCAAUGAUAUGACAUAACGUGGACUGGUAUAGAAGGCCAUACUAACAUAUAGAAAUUAUGAAAAUGUAGAUCAUUGUACAAAGGAAUUACAAAGAGUUAUUAAACCUGAAGAAAAGAAAACGCUGAAAAAAGAC